GCUAACCAAUGAGGGUGGCCGCUCGCGGGUGUUAGCGGAAGCCCCUUGGCGGGGUCUCCGGGCGGCUGGCGGAAGGAUGGCAGCCAGCGCUGCCGGGGUGGGUGCGCGGUCCCUGGAGCCCCUUGAUUUUGGCAGUACUGCUGAUAUUAUUAAACUAAUACCUAAGGAUCUAUUUGCUGAGCUAUGUGAGCGAAUUAUUCAGCAUCUUCAUGGUCAGAGCCCAGGUGUAGAUACAGUAGAACUAUGCCAGAGAUUUCAAACAGCUGGAGUUGAAAUGAAUGUUGCUGACCUGGCAAAGAUAAUUAAUGUUGUUUCCUUUUUAUUCGGCACAGCGGCUAAAAACAACUUGUCUGCAGAAGAACUCUCCACUGGUCUGGGUAAUGCAAUCAGUACGCUGCCAAAACAUGCCGUUCAGGUUAUUCGCCAUAUAUGGAAUGAACAGGGUAAAUUUAUCAUUAUGUCAGAAGAUGCUAGAAAUAUGGCAACAGUGGGACAGAUUAUAGAUAUUCACUGGAAACUGGGAAUGGCAGUGAGCUCUGACAGCUGUAGGUCUCUUAAGUACCCUUACGUUACAAUGACACUAAAAGUGGCAGAGCCUUCGGGCCAGAUAAUGAGCAAGUCUUUUGAAAUGACAAUCCCACAGUUCCAGGACUUCUUCAGACAUUUCAAGGAAAUGGCAGCUGUUCUUGAAACAGUUUAAAUACUUCAAAGACACACUUUACUUGAUCCUAAUAAGCCUUCCUAUCUUGCACAAGUAAUUGUGUUAAUGUUUAAGUAAGGUAUGUAUUCUCAUGGUUUUGUCAGUAUAUUUUCCAAUAGCUUCCUUUUUUUUUUUUUUUUUUGGAUCACACUGAAAGCUUUUUUUAUGUAACUUUUCUUCUAAAUAUAUGAAGGAACAAACUCUUCCAAGGUGGCAAUCUGAGUAAAAGUCUAUUUAGCUCUAUUCAGGCAGAAGAUUGUGCUAGGACAUGGCACAACCUCAAACUUUUCCUACUGUUCAACAGCAGAAGCUAUGUACUGUAUAUAAACUCUGCAAUGUGGAAACACCCAUGAAAAUGCUAACUGAGGAAACUACUGGAAGAAGUGUAAACCCCAUGUUUACACUUUUCUCUAAAAUCAUGUCGUUGAUGUGCACAUGGAAUCAAUUAUAUCAUUAGCUAUGUAGAGUAUAUAAAAUUACAGUCAGCAAGCAUAUUGUUAGCCAUGAAGAAUAGUUGUCACCAAACUGAUAAAUUCCAGUUAUAUCAAGUAGGUUGGAAGCCUAAUUUUUACUCCCUUUUGUUAAUUACUGGAGAACAUAUUCCAUCAUUCUAUUAAUAAAUUAUUGUUACUUCAAUGUAAGAUUAGUAUCACUGAAAUAUUUCCAUAAAUCUGGAUUUACCAUCUCUCCUAUUGCAGUAAAUAUCUCUAGUAAAACAGACCUAAAAUCUUCUGUGCAGGGAAGUUAACAUUGACUAAGCGGAAUUUAUAGGUAAGUUUAAAUUUUAAAAGUGAACGUGCGUUCAAAAAAUAGCAAAUAGAUACAGUUGAUAGCACAUUAUUUUGUUGCUUAUGUAUGUUCUAUAGUAAAUCCAACUUUAAACUUGUGCCAUUUACUUACUAUUCUGAUUUUUGUUUCCUAAUUAAACUGGAAGCUUGAUGCAGUUGCAUCACUUGGUAUUCUGAACUGGAAAUUUGAAGUCAAGAAAGGUCAGCCUGAGCUAAACACAUCACUUACGACAAUAUUAAGAGUCUGACAGUCUCUUAGCUUCAGUACACCUCUACCCCGAUAUAACACCAUCCGAUAUAACACGAAUUUGGAUAUAAUGUGGUAAAGUAGUGCUCUGGGAAGCGGGGCUGCUCGCUCUGGCAGAUCAAAUCAAAUUCGAUAUAACGCGGUAAGAUUUUAUUUUUUUUUUGGCUCCUGAGGACAGCGCUAUAUCGAGGUAGAGGUGUACUUUCUCUGGUAGGAGUCCACAGGACUGCAUUGCUGUCUGUCCAGAGACUGGUUGUCCUUGUUGGUCAGCAGAAAAAUUCUGACUUAGUGGCCAUCUGUGAUCAAGAAUGAGGGUUAACUUCAAAUAUGGAAUAAUUCAGCUUUCCAUUUUUGAGUGUUUUCAUAUAAACAGAAUAAUUUAAAAUGGAAGAUUACAACUAAUUGGAAUUAGACAUACUGAAAACAAAAUAUUCUGACAUAAGUAUGCUGAUGGUGUUCAAAUCAGAUCAUGCUUUACUUGUGCAGUGGAGCAAAUAAGUCCUGUAUGAAAACAGAAUGGAUGAGGGUUACCUGACUCAGGCUUGGUCUUGAUGAUUAGACUAGAUUAAAAUAGGCUGAGGCAAGCAAUGGGAAAAAAAUUGGCAACAGUCAUCUAUGUGCUACUGACAGAGGGGCUGCAUCCACCAUUUGACCUACUUUCACAAUAUCGAAGGUGGUUGGAACAAGAGCUGCUUUUAGAAGAUCAAGUAGCAGUGGCUAGAAGAGUUCAAGCUCUUCUUUCUGAUGCAGCUUUUGCUAUCCUGAUCUCUGCCUUUUGUCACCUCAGGACAAUAUGAUUGCAAUGCACUCUGUUGUGGGUGCACUCUGGAACCAUUCAAACUCAAGGCUGUGCAGAGUGUGUCUGCUCCUUUGAGCAUAAUGCAGGGAGCAUAGCACCAAUACUCAGAGUUGCACUGGAUUCCAGAUGAACUGAAAGAUGAUGGGUUUAACCUUUUAAAACUAAAUAGUUUGGGACCUUACUUGAGGGACUGUCUGCAGUUCAGAUCAGUAGGCAUACGCAAGUGGCACUUGACUGAUCUGAAAAUGAGGAGGCUGCUUGCAGAACAUUCUCUGGGAGAGGGUAUGGCCUCUAGAAUGUACUUCCUUCCUCAUUCUGCCAGAACCUGAGUGUCUCAGCCUGGGCAUACUACAAAGUCCACUUUUUAUGAGCAUUCAGGGAGAUGGUACAGAGAGUCUCAUCACAUGGUCAAUUGAAGGACGUCUAGAAGAGCCUAAAUUGGUGUUUGUAAUUGGAACCUAUUUUAUUUUUUAGGUAACUGCAUUUAAGAGUUUUGGGGACUGUUCUUAGACAUGUGCAUAGGUGACAGAAAAGUAAAAUAAAACACAAGUAAAAGGUUGAACCCAAAAUUUUGGGGUGACACUUGAUACUUAAAUUGCUGUUACAAACUCUAGUCAGACUUUGUAUAGCUGACAAUGUUUGUGCUGACAUUGGAACAUGAGUGGAGAAAAGACACUUCGGUUAUUGAUGCCUUUUUGUCCAGAAACAUUAAACUAGCAUUAAUAGCAGCUUCUCUAAGUGAAGAUUGAGAGUUUUGGUUACCAGUUCUGUUUACUUCUCUUCACGAUGUGGCAGACCUGUGCAGUUGGAGCAAUUUGCAGCAACCCUAUUUCCAGAAGAGACAGGGAAGUGUUAGUACCAUUAUACAAGGCACUGGUGAAACAUCAUUGGGAAUACCAUGCACAAUUCUGUUCUCCCAUGUUUAAGAAAGAGAUGAGUUCAAACUGGAACAGAUGCAGAGAAGGGCUAUUAGGAUGAUCAGAGGAAUGGAGAACCUGCCUUGAGAGGAGACUUAGAGAUUGGCUUGUUUAGCUUUACCAAAAGAAGGCUGAGGGGAGAUAUGAUUGCUCUCUGUAAGUACAUUGCAGGGAUAAUUACCAGGGGGAGAGAGGAGUUAUUUAGCCAAUGUUGACACAAGAACAAAUGGAUAUAAACUGGCCAACAACUUUAGGCUCAAAAUUAGGUGAAGGUUUCUAACCAUCAGAGGACUAGCCUCUGGAAUAGCCUUCCAAGAAGAGCAGUGGGGGCAAAACUAACAGGCUUCAAGGCUGAGCUUGAUAAGUUUAUGGAGGUGAUGGGAUGAUAAGGUUGCCCACAAUGACAUGUGGCCCAUCGGCGACUGCCAGUAGCAAAAAUCCCCAACAGCUGAAUUUGGGACACUAGAUGGCGAGGGCUCUGAGUUAUUACAGAGAAUUCUUUCCCAGGUAUCUGACUGGUGGGUCUUGCCUACAAAUGCAGGGUCUAACUGAUCGCCAUAUUUGGGGUUGGAAAGGAAUUUUCCCCUGGGUCAGAUUGACACAGACCCUGGGGUUUUUUCACUUUCCUCUGCAGCAUGGGCCAUGGGUCACUUGCAGGUUUAAACUAGUGAAUUAUCUAUAACUUGAAGUCUUUAAACCAUGAUUUGAAGACUUCAGUAAGUCUUGGUCUACACUUUAGGGGAGGGGGGAUUGAUCCAAGAUAUGCAACUUCAGCUACGAGAAUAGCGUAGCUGAAGUCAACAUAUCUUAGAUCGACUUAGGUAGACUUACUUCGCAUCCUCGCGGUGCGGGAUCGAUGGCCGCCACUCCCCCGUCGACUCUGCUUCCGCCUCUCACCCUGGUGGAGUUCCAGAGUCGACGGGGAGCGCGUUUGAGAUCGAUGUAUCGUGUCAGCUGAACGUGAUGCAUCGAUUCCCUGAUAGAUAGAUCCAGCGGGUAGUGUAGACAUACCCUUACUCAGCCAGAGUUUAGAGGUUAUAUUUCAGGAGUGGGUGGAUGAAGUUCUGUGCCUGCAAUGUGCAGGUCAGACUAGAUGAUCAUGAUUGUCCCUUCGGACCUUAAAGUCUGAGUCUAAAACUGUCACGUUAUGGCAACCUGAGACCGUAAUGCCAGAAACAUUAAUGAAUACUUUGUGAAACGUCCCUGCAUGCCAGGGUAUUGAAACUUGCUGGAAGAACCCCGGAAGCCUGUGUUUGGUAUGACUGUUCUGAUAAAUCUCAGCGAAUGCCUUUUUGAUUUAUAUUGUUUUAAAUAGAUGGUGAUUGAGAGUUGGCUAUUGAGGCAUAUUCCAGAUGUUUUAUUCAGUCAUCUGUAAGAACUACAGCAUUAAACAAUGGAACAAUUAAAUACUUAAUUAAAAUUGUUUUAGAAAUGGAAUUGUAUGGAAUAGUGAUACUGGCAAGUUAGACAAAAGCAACUUUUUACUAUUGUGUCUGUGGAACCAGAUUUGUAGCAAAAUAAGGAAUCCCAUCUUGUCUUUAAUAUUACUUUCCAUUUUAAUACAGAUUUCUGUACCAUGCAUAUUUUUGUAUGUUUACAAACUAAGUUAUUAAAUAUUUGGAUAACGAA